GGGCACUGUACAGCUGAAGAAAUGAGAAUCUCUCGACGAUCGUAGCGAGAUCUGCGUGAUUACAAUCUUUCGCAAGAUAAAACAUGGCUGAGAAUAGACCGACAGAAGAGACGACAAGUGGACAUUGUGACCCAAGGAUGCCACUUAUAUCGACGUCAAAUGAAAAUAGACAAGUUCAGGACUCGCCAAGUAGUACUAGGUACACAUUGGCAAGUAUAAGCUCUGAAACGGCAUUUAACUUUGGUGUCAGAACAGCAGAACGUUCAAGAAUAUUUGCGGGUAACAUCUCCUCCACUAUUCGUCCUCUUAUACAGGCAGCGCCUAACUUAUCGUUGACGUCGCUCCUAGCCAUUCAUGGACUCCGGAAUCAAGUCCAUCCAGCUGCGUUACCAAACGACAGCUACGUAAUCAAUUUAGAGGAUCCUGUAAAUGAUACGAAUUCUCACGAUGAAUCUGUGCACAACCAUCAUCAUCACCAUCAUCACAUAGCAUCAACAAUGCCAAACAAUUUUUCAAAUAACACGCAUGAAACCGCGAAUGAAGUAGUCGAAAAUCAUAAUAAUAAUGCCUCAGAAAAUACCAUCAAUGGCAACGUCCAGAUAGGUCCGGAAGCUCGGGCAAUGCUGAAACAGCUUCAACAAUACGUUCCUUUCGUCACCAUUCUUCUCGCCAAGGGUCUCUAUGAUCAUCGAGCCGGAAUAGUCACGUUUGUUGUACUGCUUAUUACGUUCUUUCACGCCAAUAAUGGCCUCAAACGUGAAAUCGCUAAACAGCACAACCGGAGUUGGUCGUUGCUCAUGCUGAUUCUAUGCUACAUCACUGCGUGCAUUGUGUUCGUCGUAUAUACGUUUAAUUUGUACACUCUCGUUCCCUAUGCCGAACCACUCACGAUCUGGGAAUUACUUUGUUACGUCACGGUGAUGGACUUCUUCCUUAAACUCAUCACCAUCAUUUGCAAAGUUCUUUUGACUUGUCUACCGGUACGAUUAUUAGCAUUCCAGAAUCGGGGAAAAUAUUAUCUUAUGGUGGAAGCGACGUCACAACUUUAUCGAUGCGUCGCACCUGUUCAACCGUGGUUAUACUAUCUGCUUGAAACGUAUCAAGGUCAAGAGAAAAUCGUGGGAAUUUUCUUCUCAAUAAUGUAUACAAUGAGCAAGGGUAAUGAUCUCUUGUCGCGUCUAAAAUUGUUUCGCACCGCUGUAUGGAAACUGUUCCAAAAUGUAAGUCUUGGAGUAUCUCCGUCGAAGGAACAGCUAAUUGCCUCCGGCGGUAUAUGUGCCAUUUGUCAUGAAGAAUAUACUACACCGGUUAGACUUCAUUGUAAGCAUAUUUUUUGUGAGACAUGCGUCUCGACAUGGCUCGACAGAGAACGAUCGUGUCCUCUGUGUCGCGCGUCCAUCACGGAUGAUCCGAUUUAUCGGGAUGGUCAUACAACACACUUCAUUCAAUUGUAUUGAUUCCGUCAAUUAUCAUCUCUUUAGAGAUAAUAAUUUUUUGUACAGUUUUUUAUUAUUAGGUAAAAAAAAAAUAAGAGGUUCUGUUAACAGCAACCGUGUUUUCCAUUAUUUAUCGUAAUCGAAUAAUCCUCAAACUUUUAUAUCUUCUGAAUUAUUUUAUGAGACGAAACUAUAAUAAUAUUGAAAUAAUAAAUAAUAUACUAUUUUUUAGUAAAACUAAAUGCAUUGAUAAGAUGCCUAGAUUGAAACAUUGUACACGUUUGGACAUGUAAAAUAUGAUGUACAUAAAUGAUUAUAUUUAGGAAUUUUAGCGUUAAUGUGGAGGAAACCGUGAUAGGAAAGGCCAAGAACUGAGAAAAUUUAUUUUUUUUUUUACAAAAAUCUUU